AUGAAAACACGUGGUCGCGAUGCGGAGAAACUACCAAACGAAAUCAAGCUUGAGUGCAUCACUGUGAACUGCCUUUCUGUGAAGGUUGCUAUCGAGGGCUUGCUCCAGAACCUGUUUGAGGCACUGCAAACAUGUCUGAGGCGAUCAAUUCAAGGUGAUUUGGUUUCAGCAGAUGCCUUCUUGACAAGUGCUUUGGAGAAGCUUUCACGCCGACCUCAAACAGUGGAUGAGCUGAGCGAAGCAAAAUCGAUCGAGGUAGAAUUUUCUAAGUCGACUACUCGCCUGUUGGAGCAACUCUCUUGUGCCGAAUCGAAAGACCGGUUACUUCGCAGCGUUGCAGGUGUUGGUGUCCCGGCUUUAACUUGCACAAAAGCAAAGUGGGAGAAGUUUCAGCUCACGAUGGAAAGCUUCAGAAUCAUUAUGAAUGAACAGCUUGAGGUAAUGAAGCGAAAUACGGACUCUCGUACAAAAACCUACCUUACAGCAUUGGAAAAGUUAGCAAGCCGUUGGUAUCACUUGAAACCAGGUCGCGAAUUGCUAGAAAAUGGGGAUUACGAAGCGUGUAAGGCUGCUAUCUCAAUGAUCCGCGAGCGCCAAAACGAAUUUGCUGAGCUUGAAACCACGCGCCAGGGAUUGCUGUGUAGUUUACUUUCAUGGAUGAGGUGCUGCACCAGUUCUCCGUCCGGAUUUUUAUGGGCAGACAAAUGGUGCUCUGUGGACAUGACCGCCUGGAUAGCCGUUUUCAUGUCCCAUGAGUUUACACCGUGCCUCAAGUGGCUCCGCGGAGAAGCAUUGUCUCAAGAACACUGGCUUGACGCCUUUCGUAUGCUUGGACUACCAAAAGACACCAGCUUGGUGAAGUUGAACUUCGGUGACCUGAUCCGUGUCAGCAAACAGAUCGUUGAGCAUUCGGAUGAGCUUAAAGCACUCAGUCAGCGCGCUCAGUCCGAGGUGAUCGUGCGAGAAGCCCUGCAUGAGUUGGAUCUAUGGGGCGCCAGUGCCACCUUUACGCUAACCGAGUAUGUGGAUACCUCAGGUUGCGUGGUCAAUUUGGUCAAGGAUUGGAAGGACAUUGUCAGUCAGGUAGGUGACAACUUAUCGUUGCUGGCCUCGCUGCAAGAUUCGCCACAAUUCGGCAGCUUUGCAGAUCGAGCAGGGGCGUGGGACCAACGUCUGACCGAUCUGGAUCACUGUCUGAGUGUCUUGCAAAGCAUACAAAGAAAAUGGGUGUAUCUGGAACCCAUACUUGGAAGAGGAGCAUUGCCAAAAGAAGCUGGACGCUUUGCACAGGUCGAUGGCGAAUUUCGACGACUGCUUUCGUCUUUGAAGGCCGAUAAUCGUGUGGUCAGUCUGGUAGCUGGAAAGCGCGGGAAUUGCCUUAAGACUCAGCUUUCCACUAUGCAGGAUCAAAUGACAAGAUGUCAACGUGCAUUGAAUAAUUAUUUGGAGGAAAAACGUGACAUCUUCCCUCGGUUUUAUUUUCUCGGGGAUGAUGACUUACUCGAAAUACUCGGUCAGGCGACUAAUCCUUCAAUUAUCCAGACACAUUUGCGGAAGUUAUUUCAAGGCAUCCAUCGAGUGCAGUUUGACGAGCAAGCGAAAGACACAGUGUGCAAAACCAUAACUGCCAUGUGUUCCCAAGACGGAGAGUUAGUUCGGCUCCAGCGGCCGAUUCAGCUAACACCCGAUGUGGAAGUCUGGCUUGGGCGCCUGGUUUCUGAGAUGCGCACCACACUCGACGCUAUGUUAGCACAGUGCCUUGCAGAGAGUUCCACUGAAAGCUGCCGAAGAAGCCACUUAGACCCUGGUUCGUAUCCCGGUCAAAUUCUCCUGCUGAGCGAAGCGAUUCAGUUUGCUCGGAGAACAGAAGAGGCGCUGAACUGCGGAAGGCUCAGUGUAUUAAAGAAGGAGCUACAGACUCAACUUUCUGCCUAUACCUCUGUGGAUUUGAACAUUUUGAGGAAACCACGCGAGACAAAUUCGGAAGAUCAAUGUUCCAUUUCAUCGCAUGUGUUAGCUGCCAAAUUGCGCGCACUUAUACUGGAUAUCGUUCACUCGCUUGGUGUGAUUGAUCAGCUCAUUGAUGGUGGUGCGGCUAAUUCAAGGGAUUGGCUGUGGCAACGCCAAUUACGAUUCUACGCUGGAACGAAACAGAAUACUUUGGAAUCUAAACACGAAGGAGCACAACCAUCUGCGUCAGCUGGACCGCUUUCUGAUCCAAAAAUCUGCAUGGCUGAUGCAGUGUUCCUUUACACUUUCGAAUAUCAAGGCAAUACUCCGCGGUUGGUACACACCCCUCUUACUGAUCGGUGUUACUUGACCCUAACUCAGGCUAUGCGCAUGGGGCUGGGUGGCAACCCUUAUGGACCAGCUGGAACCGGAAAAACUGAGUCAGUAAAGGCUCUAGGUAAUCUCAUGGGUCGCCAGGUUUUAGUCUUUAACUGUGACGAAGGCAUCGACGUUCGAUCCAUGGGUCGUAUAUUCAUUGGAAUUGUGAAGUGCGGCGCCUGGGGUUGCUUCGACGAAUUCAACCGAUUAGAUGAAGCAGUUCUGUCAGCAGUUUCCAUGCAAAUUCAGAUCAUCCAAGAUGGCCUGCGUUCAUCCGCCUCUCACGUCAAGUUGCUGAAUCGUGAUAUCAACCUGGAUCCAAAUUCUGGCCUGUUUGUCACUCUCAACCCGGCCGGUAGGGGGUACGGUGGGAGACAAAAACUUCCCGACAACUUAAAACAGCUAUUCCGCCCAAUUGCAAUGACUCAGCCUGAUGUGAAUCUCAUCGCUGAGAUGAUCCUGCUAUCUGAGGGUUUUCGACACGCUCGACUUCUUGGACACAAGUUAACUUCCCUGUUCGAGCUGUCCAGACAACUGCUAUCCGUACAACAGCAUUACGACUGGGGACUGCGUGCACUAAAGACUGUGUUGCACAGUGCAGGGGAGUUGUUGCGCACCCGGAUGCACCAACUUGCUGCAAACACUGAGUCACCUGCCGAGAUUGUGGACCGCCUAGAGGAGACACAGAUGGUCAUACGAAUUUGUAGGACGAAUACGCUGCCGAAACUAACCGGAGCAGAUGCGAACCGAUUUGACGAACUUUUACGUGACGUGUUCCCAGAAGCGGAGUUACAUCAAUGUCCAUCAGAGGAUGAGCAGUCCAUUCAACUGAUCGAUACCCUGCGCAACGUGGUCCGAGACCACCAGAUGGUGCUCGUGGAAGCCCAGGUCAGGAAGGCACUGGAAGUUUACGAGCAGACAAGGCAGCGCAUCGGUGUCGUCCUGGUCGGGCCGUCGGGAUGCGGAAAGUCCACAGCACUCUCAAUCCUACGCAUGGCGCUGGCGCGCCUUGGUCGUCCAGUUAAAUAUCACGUGUUCAAUCCGAAGGCAAUGACGCGCGCCCAUCUGCUGGGACGAGUCGACCCGGAUACUAGGGAGUGGACCGAUGGAGUGCUCACACACAGCGCCAGAUGUGUAGUCAAGGAAGAAGCUAGUCAACCGUGUUGGAUCGUGUGUGAUGGAGACAUUGAUCCCGAAUGGGUGGAAUCCCUCAACUCAGUGCUGGAUGACAACCGUCUGUUGACCUUGCCCAAUGGAGAGCGAAUUCAAUUCGGAGCGAAUAUCAACUUCUUGUUUGAGACACACGAGCUCAUCAAUGCCAGUCCGGCCACCAUAUCGCGCAUGGGUAUGGUAUAUAUCAGCGAGGAUACCAUGGAACCAAAGGCCCUGGUAGAGGCGUGGUUGGCCCAACAACCCGAAGAUCAGCGUGAAAACUUGCGCAUGCUACUUGAUCCGGCUUUCUACCUCUGCUUGGACUGGGUUUACCGAAGAAACGAUUUCGUCGUCGAAAUGAGUCCUUCAGCAGCGGUUUUCAAUGGAUUGUCGCAUCUGGUAGGAGUAAAAACACCUGCUCAGUUGACGGUUGGACUCAUCCGUGGUCUCGGUGCGAACCUGACCGAUUCUUCUCGAGAAGCAUUGGCCCUACAAGUGUACCAGUCUACCGGAGAGAGCCCACCCGAUCCAACUAGGCCAUUGGAUGUGCGGGUGGACCACAACUGUCCCAGUCGACUCAUUCCAUACCACCCUGGUACUGGCUUGGUCUUGCUUGGACCCCACGCCAAAGGAAGCGCUGAAUACUCCAUCAGUGACAUUUUGGCCGAUCAUGCCUUAUCUCAGGCUGCUGCCGCUGGCCUCGCCAGUGGGUGUCCUCCUUUGGUUCUGACAGCUGAUGUGCGGCGAGCCGUUGACUCUUUUCGAUGUUGGUUGGAUGAUCCGCAGGCUCGGCAAUCGUUUUUGCUUGUCGGCCCCGAGGGGUGUGGUAAGGGCCGCUUGCUGGAGUAUUGCUUUGCUUCCGCACCACGUUCCACUCAGGUGGCUAUGAUCCAUUGCUCUGCACAAACCUCACCGAGUCAGGUGCUGGAAAAGCUUUCCCAGUGUAGCAUCACAGUGACCAGCAGUACGACGAACGCAGCCGCCAGUCGAGUUUUACGUCCCAAGGAAGGCGAGCGUCUAAUACUGUAUCUGAGAGAUUUGAAUUUGCCAAAACCAGACAAGUGGGGAUCCUGCAGAUUGACGGCUUUUCUUCAACAGCUUCUCACUUAUCACGGCUAUUACGACCCGGUCAGUUUGGAAUUUGUUGGCACUGAAGGUAUCCAAUUUGUCGGCAGUUUUACACCUGUGGCCUCCUCUGCUGGUCUCGGACGCCACCCAUUGUCCUGCAGAUUUGCCUCAGCACUUCGUCUGGCAGUGAUAACGUAUCCAGAUACUGAACAAAUGAUCACUAUAUAUAGCUGCCUUCUGCAAACAGCAGCUAUGUUACAUGUCUGCAAAGAUGACUUACCAUCUGCAUCAUUGUCCCGGUCAACUUCUUGUUCGCAAACUAAGACGUCCAACCAGUCUGCUCUAGUGAACCCUGCUCGGCUAAAUACGAUGGCCACUAUCAUGGUGCAUCUACUGGGGGCGGUGAAAGACAUUUUUCGCGCAGAUGAGCAUGCACAUUGCGUCUUCACACCACACAUCCUCACCGCAUGGGUGACUGGAUUGUUGCGAUACGAGUUGAACAACUCUGUUGAUGCCUUGUGGGCAGCUUUCGGACAAGAAGCACGACGCUUAAUACGAGAUCGAUUACCAGGGGAACAAUUUCGCAAACAGUUCGACACGGUCAUCUGUGGGCUAGCUUACAACAACUUGAGUGGUGGUCCAGCCGCUGGCCUCCAGGGCGUUGGCAAGGAGACGCAACUGUUAUUAAAGAUGGCUACCGGAGAGCUGGACAAAUACGACGACGACUCUUCGUCUGAUUAUCAAGCAUUGGAGAAUCAAGCAGCCGGUGACUUUUACGUCACCGGAUCUGGUUGCUUCACAAGUUGGGGCGCCACUAAGCCAUCAAUGAUGAACUGUUGUACAUCCCCAUAUGGAUGCCCGCUUGGCUUUCUGGCUCUAUCCUCUGUAAAGGAACUGGUGGAUCGAGCAUUAAAUCAGUUAUCCAGGGAGCAAGACCCAAACGCUUCUAACUUCGUUCUGUUUCCGGAGUUUUUGGACCUCAUUUGCCGUGUUGAUCAGGCCCUCACGCGUCCUGCAGGAUCUCUUCUGUUGGCUGGCCGGUCUGGAAUUGGACGUCGUUCAGCAGUAAAAGUCGUCGCCCAUUUGCACCAGUUAACCACGCAUCAUCUGCGUUUCAGUCGAGACUCCGAUUUACGUCAGUUCUUCACCGAUAUAAAAACGGCUUGUCAGGUCGCUGGCAUUGAUGCUCAGCCCACAUUGGUUGUCAUCGAAGAGCAUUCCAUAACCGACACUCUCCUCGAAAUAGUCAACAGCCUAUUGGCCUGCGGGGAAGCCCCUGGUCUAUUUGGCCCGGAUGAACUUGAGACAUUGGCGUCUAAUGCGGCCGGAAGUGGGGGAAUCAGUUUGCGUGAGGCGGCUUCAGAGGCUGGGCAUCGUGGCCCGCUGUCCGCAUUUCUUGCCAAUCGGAUUCGUGCCAAUCUGCACAUCGUUCUUAUUCUGGAUAUCGUUGAUAAAGAGCGGUUCAGCGAGCAAGUCCGUUCUAACCCCUCUUUGUAUAAACAUUGCAGCAUUCAGUGGUUGGACAACUGGACGAAUUCCACUCUGCUUAGCUUGCCAAAGUUGUUUGUACCAAGCAUUCGUGAGUCUGCACACGGCGACAGCUUGUGUCGUGCCCUUACAGCGAUGCACACUUCAGCCCCCCAUCCUCACAUGGCCGCACCUCGGCGAUACUUAACCCUCUGUGCUACCUAUACCCGCAUUGAACAAUCUCACAGGUCAAAAGGGGAAUCACAGGCGUCCAGGUUACAAGCCGGCUUGACGAAGCUGAAGGAAGCUAGAAGGCACGUGAAUCAGUUGAAAAUGUGCGCCGCAGAACAGGGAGCACAACUGGCUGAGAAGCAGUCUGCGGCAGACAAAGCUCUGGAACAGAUCAGCGCCGCUAUGCAGGGAGCCGCUGAACAACGCACAGAAAUGGAAGCACUUCGCAAUCGUGCCACAACCGAGUCGAAAAACUUGGAGCGUCGUAAGGCCGCUAUCGACGCUGAACUAGCUGAAAUCGGACCUUUGAUAGAACAAGCUCGAGCCGCGGUCGGGAGCAUCAGACCAGAAGCACUGUCUGAAAUGAGAGCACUGCGCGCUCCACCAGACGUUAUUCGAGAUAUACUUGAGGGUGUGCUCUUGUUGAUGGGCAUACGAGAUACGUCCUGGGUGAGUAUGCGAAGCUUUCUGGCUAAGAGAGGAGUUCAAGAAGAAAUUCUCACCUUUGAUGCACACAGAAUUACUCCAGAGCUUCGUGUCAGUGUUGAGAAACUGUUGUCGAAAAACCAAGAUUCAUUUGAUCCCAAAAUUGCUAGACGUGCUUCGAUUGCUGCCGCUCCUCUUGCCACCUGGGUACGAGCUAACGUAAAGUACGCAGUAGUGCUGGAACGCAUCGCUCCUCUGGAGGCUGAACAAGCGCAGCUGCGAAUCUCCUUGGCCGAAGCUGAGUCAGCCCUAACCCGACUGGUCACAGACUUGGCCGGAGUGGAUGCACAAGUUGCCCAACUGAGAUACGUGUUUGAACAGCACACUGCGGAGGCGGCGCGGCUAAAAGUGGAGUUGAAUCGAGCAAAAGAAACCCUGGCUUCAGCGGAAGCUCUUGUUGGGGAACUCGAAGAUGAAUACACUCGUUGGAAUGAACAGGUGAAAGAACUGGCGACCCACUCGGCAGCGUUACCUCCACUAGCUAUGCUGUCCUCCGCCUUCAUCACUUACUUAUCCGCAAGCCCAGAAGACGAACGGCAGUGCCAGCUUAGCAAAUGGAUGAAACAGCUGGUUGAGUUUGGUAUGAACAUACCAGAAGAGUUCUUGUGCCAACCAGCGUCUUUUGGAAAUACAGAUGUCACCGAGACCAAAAUUUUCGAUAUCCGUCGUUUUCUCACCACGGAGCGCGAACAAACGGUCUGGAGGAACGAAGGUUUGCCUUCAGACCGGCUGUCAGGUGAAAACGCUUUAGUGAUCUUAGAGGGGACCAAAGAGUCGAACGGAACCACGAUGUGCCCUUUCAUAGUGGAUCCAUCAUCGCGAAUAGUAAAUUGGCUGAAAGUUCACUUCAAAGACCAGCGAGUCGAAACGAUAAACCAACAAAGUUCAAACUUCAUUACAACUCUCGAACUGUCGGUUCGAUUUGGAAAACUCCUCAUUGUUCAAGAAGUCGAUGAAAUCGAACCCAUAUUAUUCCCUUUAUUAUCGAGGAACUUUGGAUCCCGAGGUGUCCGCUCUACUGUGACUCUAGGUGAUAAAACACUUGACUUCCACCCUGACUUCCGUUUAAUCUUGUGCACACGUGAGACACCAAGCAGGGAUGGAGCUGUUCGCCCGGCAAGUGCUGCGGCUCUGGUGACGGUUGUCAACUUUGUCACAACUCCAGCUGGGCUGACCGAUCGUUUGCUGGAGCUCAGCGUGAAUCACGAGCGCCCGGAAUUAGGACAAAGAAGACAAGAGCUGGUCCGCAAAGAAGAAGAUUUAAAGUUGGAACUUGCCACUCUGGAGGACACUCUUCUGGAACAACUGGCAAGUGCUCAGGGUGACAUCCUGGAGAACAAGGACCUGCUACAAUCACUAAACAAAACCAAGCAAUCAAGCAUGACAAUCGCGUCGUCGCUAGUCGAGUUCACUCGGCUACAGAAAGAGCUAGACAAAGAGCGCAAUACGUUUCAACCACUGGCAGAAGCAGGAAGUCGAGUGUACUUUGCCCUCAUAGACCUCGUUCGAGUCAACUGGAUGUAUCAAUUCAGUCUGGACGGUUUCCUACAUUUGUUCCAAAAGGCGUUGGAGGCACCAAACGAGCCAUCGACAGAUCGCACUUCAUUCUUGUUGAAGCGCCUGGAGGCUCUCGUGUACGCCCACGUCUCCGAGUCUUUGUUUAAAUCGGAUCGGCUCGCGUUCACGAUGCAUCUGGUUCGUUGCUUACGUCCUGAGGCAAUCGCUGAAGAGGAAUGGCAAUUAUUCCUUGGCCUAAGUCCAUUUGAGGCUCACAAAGAAGACGAGGCGGCUCCUCAUUGGUUGAACCCCGAGAGAACAACUGACGUUUUACGUUUGAAGGUGAACUGGUUCGUGCAUUUCGAGCUUUGUGCUUGGGAGUUAGUCGGCAACACCGAAUACAUUGUUGGUCCUUUUAUUCUGAAAUAGCAAAACUUUCGAAUACAUGUAGGCUAAACCAUCCUUGUGAGUUGACUAGCCGACUUCUUCACAAGCUCUGGCAUCAGAUUUACUAAAAGAUCAUACCGAAUUAUGA